AAACGAAACAAACAAAAAAAAAAACGAAAAAGACCACUACAGGGUACAUGUUUAAAGGAUAGAUUUUAUGCUGUGUGAAUAUAUUUCAAGUAAAAAUUAAACUAACAAUUUUAAAAAUUGCAGGGGUACGCAGCGCUUAUAGAGGUCCCUGCAUAACCUAGGGAGCGGGGUCGAAACGCAGCAGCAUCAAGAUAGACUAAGAGCAGGACCAGCCACUGCCCCUUCCGCAGGACCGCCGUCCUCGCCACGCCUCCGGGGGAGGGAGGUCCUGGCUUGGAGAGCGAUGAUUGGCCGAGUUCUAGGACGAGGCGGAGCGAAAGGGGGCGCGUCCAGUCCCUCCCGGCUCAGCGAAACCUUAGCUCGCGAGAUUUUGUUGGUUCCGCAUUUCGGGUCUGCGAGGUGGGGUAGGCGGGCAAGGCGGGCGCCGAGGUUUGCUAGGGCUCGCAGCGGCCAGAAACCCAGCUCCGAGCGGCGGCGGCGCGGCUUCCGCUGCCCGUGAGCUAAGGACGGUCCGCUCCCUCUCGCCAGCUCCGAAUCCUGAUCCAGGCGGGGGCCAGAGGCCCCUCGCCUCCCCUCUGAGGACCGAAGAUGAGCUUCCUCUUCAGCAGCCGCUCUUCUAAAACAUUCAAACCAAAGAAGAAUAUCCCGGAAGGAUCUCAUCAGUAUGAACUCUUAAAACAUGCAGAAGCAACUCUAGGAAGUGGGAAUCUGAGACAAGCUGUUAUGUUGCCUGAGGGAGAGGAUCUCAAUGAAUGGAUUGCUGUAAACACUGUGGAUUUCUUUAACCAGAUCAACAUGUUAUAUGGAACUAUUACAGAAUUCUGCACUGAAGCAAGCUGUCCAGUCAUGUCUGCAGGUCCGAGAUAUGAAUAUCAUUGGGCAGAUGGUACUAAUAUUAAAAAGCCAAUCAAAUGUUCUGCACCAAAAUACAUUGACUAUUUGAUGACUUGGGUUCAGGAUCAGCUUGAUGAUGAAACUCUUUUUCCUUCUAAGAUUGGUGUCCCAUUUCCCAAAAACUUUAUGUCUGUGGCAAAGACUAUUCUAAAGCGUCUGUUCAGGGUUUAUGCCCAUAUUUAUCACCAGCACUUUGAUUCUGUGAUGCAGCUGCAAGAGGAGGCCCACCUCAACACCUCCUUUAAGCACUUUAUUUUCUUUGUUCAGGAGUUUAAUCUGAUUGAUAGGCGUGAGCUGGCACCUCUUCAAGAAUUAAUAGAGAAACUUGGAUCAAAAGACAGAUAAAUGUUUCUUCUAGAACACAGUUACCCUCUUGCUUCAUCUAUUGCUAGAACUAUCUCAUUGCUAUCUGUUAUAGACUAGUGAUACAGACUUUAAGAAAACAGGAUAAAAAGAUACCCAUUGCCUGUGUCUACUGAUAAAAUUAUCCCAAAGGUAGGUUGGUGUGAUAGUUUCCGAGUAAGACCUUAAGGACACAGCCAAAUCUUAAGUACUGUGUGACCACUCCUGUUAUUAUCACAGUCAUACUUGGUUGUAAUAUGUGAUGGUUAACCUGUAGCUUAUAAAUUUACUUAUUAUUCUUUUACUCAUUUACUCAGUCAUUUCUUUACAAGAAAAUGAUUGAAUCUGUUUUAGGUGACAGCAUAAUGGACAUUAAGAAUUUCCAUCAAUAAUUUAUGAAUAAGUUUCCAGAACAAAUUUCCUAAUAACACAAUCAGAUUGGUUUUAUUCUUUUAUUUUACAAAAUAAAAAAUGUAUUUUUCAGUAUCCUUGAGAUUUAGAACAUCUACGUCACUUCAGAUAACAUUCUAGUUUCAAGUUUGUAUGGUAGUGUUUUUAUAGAUAAGAUAACGUAUAUUUUUUCAGAAUUCAUGAUUGCAGUUUAAAUCAUCAUAUGACAUGUGGGUGGGAGCAGCAAAAGUUAUUUUUACAGGGACUUCAUUUUUUUAUCUUUAUUUGAGACUGUUUUCAUAUCUAUCUAAAUUAUUAGGAAUGUGUGUAUCAGAAGUAAUUUUUUAAUGUCUUCUAAGGAUGGUCUUCCAGGCUUUUAGACUGAAAAGCUUAAUUCAGAUAGUAGCUUUUGGCUGAGAAAAGGAUUCCAAAAUAUUAACAACAAAUUUAGAUCUCAAAACCACUAUUUUUAUUAUUUCAUUAUUUUUCAGAGGCCUUGAAAUUCUGGAUAAGAGAAUGGAGGAAAAUACUCAGAGUACUUGAUUAUUUUAUUUCCUUUUAUUAAAAAAUUACUUCUAUGUUUUUAUUGUCUCUUGAGCCUUAGUUAAGAGUAGUGUAGAAAUGCAUGAACUUCAUCCUAAUAAGGAUAAAACUUAAGGAAAACCACAAUAAACCAUGAAGGUGUACACAUCUUAUAACACAGAUA